AUGUCGGCCGGUACCGCGCCCAUCAUCCCAGACUUGAAGGGCAAGCGAAUUCUCUCAAAGCAGCUGAAGCACGGCGUGUCAAUUGUGGCGGACCUGACGAAUGAGGAGGACAUGAAACGUGCCAUCAAAGAGAUCAUUGAGAAACUGGGAGGCCUCGACAUCUUAAUCAACAGUGGCGGGGUUGGAGCAGAGAGCAUGGGUGGCAAGGACGAGGCAUCCUUCAUCUCCUCCUUCAAGCUCCACGUGACAGGCAACCUGAAUCUCAUCCGGGCAGCUGAGGAGGAGCUUAUCAAGAACAAGAAUGGCAGUCCUGGCUACGUGGAUUAA